AUGAGAAUUGUAGAAAGGAUACAACAAGGGGAAGAUUGUGAAUUUGGAUUUGCUGCAGAUGGUGCUCUUAUGCAAGGCUCUAGGAUAUGUGUGCCAGAUGUGGAUAACCUUAGAGCUGAAAUCAUGCAGGAGGCGCACUACACACCCUAUAAUGUCCAUCCAAGCUCCACCAAAAUGUACCAUGAUACAGAUGAACAAUCUGAAAGGAUAAUUCAGACCCUGGAAGACAUGCUUCGUAUGUGUAUCCUAGAUUUUGGAGGUCCAUGGGAUGAUAAGCUACCUUUGGUAAAAUUUGCCUACAAUAAUAGCUAUCAUUCCAGUAUCAAGAUGGCACCCUACGAGGCACUGUAUGGCAAAAAGUUUAGAUCCCCUUUAUGUUGGAUAGAAGUGGGUGAGGCGAAGGUGCAUGACCUAGAUCUGGCGCAGCACACCUCAGAAAUGGUACUUAGGAUUAGGGAACAUUUGAAGACUACCUUUAGCAGGCAGAAGAGCUAUACAUAUCCCAGGUGGAGAGAUGUAGAGUUUGUAGUGGGUGAUUUUGUAUUUCUGAAAGUCUCUCCAAUGAAGGGAGUAAUGAGAUUCGGGAAGAAUGGCAAGCUAGCAUCUCGAUACAUAGGGCCUUUCGAGAUUACUAAUAGAGUUGGACCAGUGGCCUAUCGCCUGUAUAAUUUGAGGUCGCUACAACAGUACAGUGAUCGUCAUUCGUGUAGAGUGAUUGUCUACAAAGGUCGCUACAACAAUACAGUGGUCAUCAUUCGUGUAGAGUGA